AUGUAUACGUCUCACGACCACCUGUUCACGGAAAACAUCAUCCAGGUCCCACUUCCCGACAAGUACAAGUCACCUCCCAUUCCGUUAUACGACGGGAGGAGUGACCCGGACGAUCACUUGGAGGUGUACACAGGGCACAUGGUCCUGCAUGGAUACCCUAAGGAGGUGAUGUGCCGGGCAUUCAGGAAUCACCUUUCUGAUUCCGCGAGGAGAUGGUUUAGGUCCCUCAAACCAAAUUGCAUCACCAGCUGGGAUGAUUUGAAGAACGCCUUUUUGGCUCAGUUCAUAGGUGUCAAGAAAUACAUCCCACCAAAACAGAACCUGUCGAGGGUAUACCAAGGACCUAACGAGUCCCUGAAGGACUGGAUAGCCCGGUUCGGGGAACAGGUCGCCGCCACUGAGGGAAUCUCUAAUGAAGUGGCCCUGAUGGGGGCGCUGUCCAGCAUGAAGAAUGGCAUCCCCUACAGCACAGACCUCGACCGAAGACCGCCCCACACCUAUCAGGAAUUCCUGACAAGGGCGCAGGGGUUCAUAAACGCCGAGGAGGCCAAGAAGGCCUUAAAGAGCAAAGCGACAACCCCUGCCAAGGAGGAGGUAAGGGGCAGUAACGCCUCGACGAGCCAGGGGGAGACCAAGCGGCCCAAGCCGCAAUGGUACGACGCCUACACUCCCCUGAAUAUGGGGAUCGAGAACAUCUACCACGAGAUCAGCCAUCUCCAGGUCCUGCGUCGACCUCCACCCCUAAAGUCUGACCCGGCGCGGAGAAACCAGAACAAAUACUGCCGUUUCCACGGCGAGAGUGGUCACACCACGGCCGAGUGCUACGACCUUAGGGAUGAGGUCGAGAGGCUGAUCCGGGAAGGGAGGCGAGACAAAUACCGAGCCGACCGCAGGAACAACAACAGGCGCAACGACGACUGA